AUGGUACCAGCUGUGGUCCGGCUCCUUUUCCUCCAGCUUGUUCUAAUGGCACUUCCAGGCGUGGACACCAAUAAGCAGUUUUUCCUCAAGAACUUCCACAGCUUAAACAUCGACUAUCCCAAGGUCAAAUACUCAAAGGGUUUCCAGGGCUACUGCAAUGGUUUUAUGGCCUAUGUGCGGGGCAAGAUUCAGAAAUGGUAUUGCCCAAAGAUCCAUUAUGUGAUACAUGCCCCUUGGGAAGUCAUCAGGACGUUCUGCAAGUAUAGUGAGAACUUCUGUGAGAACUACAAUGGGUACUGCACACUCACCCAGGAUUCCUAUCCACUCACAGUCUGCUCCCUGGACUCCGAACAGCCGCCCACCAACUGUCGCUACAAUAGCGACCUGACCAACCAAAGGCUCUACCUGCUCUGUUCCCGCAAGUAUGAUGCUGUACCAAAAGGUAUCAUUGGCCUCCACUAG